UGUGUUUCAGGGGUGAGUUUACAGGUGCUUUCUGUAUUAAGGUCAUUGCGAAAACAUCUUUUUUUGUCUCCAGCCAAACAUCAUACAAGACCACUGUUUGAGAAACUGGAGCAAUACACAGAGAAUUACAGGGUAUCACGAAAAGCUUGGGGCAGAAACUAAUUAAAAUGAACGCUACAUUGCACUUUUGACAUACCGCGUAUGAGCAGCGGUCCUCAGACUAUGGCCUGUUUGGUGCCUGCCGGUGUGAUUUCCACCACAACCCUUCCGCAUUUUCCUGCUGCUCUCGGGCUGUGACGUGUCGUGCUGACGGCGGCCUUGGAGCUGGAGGAGCGGGGGGCUGUAGCAUGACAAGAUCUGGCUCCAGACGUCCUGCUUUGCUUUCAGCGGAGCUCCAGAAACAACCCCUAACCCCUCCUUCUCUGCUCCUCUCCGGCCCGCCCAAAUAACACAAAAUUCCCGACUGAAUCCAGCCCGAGUCUGGGGGAACCAGGCGGCCUGGGAAGCCGAGGAGCGGACAGAGGCUAUCCCUGCAGCAUUAAUCUGCUCUCCAGUAACAAAUGCAGUGCGAGGACAAUGGAUGAGGAUGUCACCAGGCUUGCCAUACAUUCAGAGGAGCCUAAAAUAAUCUUACACGGAUCGGAUGAGGGUGGUGCUGGCGGGCAGGAGUUUGUCGUGGAGCUUCAAGAGACUGUGUUGGUGUCGGAAGGCGAGGGGGAAGGCAUGGCAGUUCACAGGUUCGCCCCGGAUGAGCUUGUCAUCCAGGACGCAGUGGAGGAUGUGGUUUCUGAGUAUGUACACUGUGAUGAGGAUGAAGAUGUUGCUGUGGAAACCUGCGUGAUGGCCCUGGAGGGUGAGGAGGAAGGUGUUGCCAUGGGAGACAUCCCUGAAGAUGGGCUGGACCCAGAGCAGCAGGACGACGACCAAGACGGCUGUGGAGAUUAUCUGAUGAUAUCCUUGGACGAGGCGGGGAAAAUGGUGUCUGAAGAUGGAACCGAGGUGACCGUGGAGGGAGCUGUGGAAGACCAGGAGGUGGAGAAGGAUGAGGAUGGGCAGGAGGUGAUAAAGGUGUACAUCUUCAAAGCUGACUCUGGGGAGGAUGACAUGGGAGAGUCUGUCGACAUUAGCGAUGGAGACACAGAGAGCAUGGCGCUAACAGAGGGCUCUGGACAAACGCUAAGAGAGAAGAUGGUUUACAUGUCUGUUGGAGAUCAUAAUCAAGGAAACCACGGUUUGGAGGACAGCGAGGGUUGUGAGAACAGAAACGGUGCAGCCAGCGCUCUACUACACAUCGAUGAGUCUGAUGGGGUGGAUGAGAUUAACAGACAACGCAACAAGAGCAAAAGACGGUCGGAGCCGCGCCAGGUACAGACAGCCAUCAUCAUUGGUCCGUAUGGUCAACCUCUGACAGUUUACCCCUGCAUGCUUUGUGGUAAGAAGUUCAAAUCAAGAGGUUUCCUGAAACGCCACACCAAGAACCAUCAUCAGGACGUCCUGACAAGGAAAAAGUACCAGUGUACAGACUGCGACUUCACCACCAACAAGAAGGCCAGCCUGCACAACCACAUGGAGGUCCACGCGCUUAGCAGCAAAGCCCCUUUCGAGUGUGAAAUGUGCGGCAAGGAGUUCCACCAGCAGGCGGCACUGUUCUCCCACAGACUACAGCACCACCACAGAGAGCCCAAGAACCAGCCGCCUCCUCAGCCCACCAAAAUGCAUAAAUGCAAGUUCUGUGACUAUGAAACCGCUGAGCAAGGACUGCUCAAUCGGCACUUGUUGGCUGUCCACAGCAAAAGCUUCCCACACAUCUGCGUGGAGUGUGGGAAAGGCUUCCGACACCCCUCAGAGUUGAAGAAACACAUGCGCACACAUACGGGUGAGAAGCCUUACUCCUGUCUGUACUGCGACUACAAGUCGGCCGAUUCCUCUAAUCUGAAGACGCACAUCAAGACUAAGCAUAGCAAGGAGAUGCCAUACAAAUGUGAGCGCUGCUUCCAGACCUUCGCAGAGGAGGAGGAGUUAAUACAGCACGGACUGACGCAUGAGGAGAAUAAGACCCACCAUUGUGCCCACUGUGACCACAAAAGCUCCAACUCCAGUGACCUAAAGCGCCAUAUCAUAUCUGUUCACACCAAGGACUACCCACACAAAUGUGCCAUCUGUGGUAAAGGCUUCCACCGGCCGUCUGAACUGAAGAAGCACUCAGUCUCUCACCGCACCAAGAAACUCCAUCAGUGCCGGCACUGCAACUUUAAGAUUGCAGACCCUUUUGUUCUCAGUCGUCAUAUCUUGUCAGUCCACACAAAGGAGCAACAGGCCUCUCCUGAAAAGAGUGAGGCCAAGAGGACAGAGACACACACUCCUGCUGUGACACCUAAAAAGUCUGCGCCGAGCGGGUCCAGCAGCGCGGGCCCGCCUGGCAGAGUCAGCGCGGCCAGCUUAGCCAGCAGCGUGACUGUAGUUAUCGGUAAAGGACAGAAAGAGAGGAGAAUCUACCAGUGCCAGUACUGCGACUACAGCACCGGGGACGCCUCGGGUUUCAAGCGGCAUGUUAUUUCUAUCCACACGAAAGACUAUCCACACCGAUGCGAGAUCUGUUCGAAAGGCUUCAGACGACCCUCGGAGAAGAACCAGCAUAUCAUGCGUCACCACAAAGACGUGGUGCAGGCAGAGUGACUCUGACCGAGCCAAAUACUGUGCCACAACAACGAACAAUGUCAAAGCGACCAUCAUCACACCCCCAAUCACUGCACCCUCAGUGCGGCACCAUCACGUUCAAAGAAAUAAUGUGGUGUGUGUGCGUGCUGCACUUAGCCCAUUCUGUUGUUUUGCUCUUUUUUGAUCCUCAGCCUAAUGUUUGUUUGGAAACGUAAACACAUGUACAUAACAUUAACGCUCUGUCAGAGUUAGCAACAAAAACCCCUCCGUAGACUUGCACUUUGAACUGCAUGUCCCUUGCUGGUGACAGUGUGCAUGGCAGAUUGUGCAGGUGUCUUUUUGUAGAUAAACAUCUUUCAGUUUGCAGGCAGCAAUCAGUUGUCAGUCACAAUGGUCCUAAUUAUCUGUCUCAAAAACUGAAGUGUCAUUUGCAAAACGUUUGCGUCAUUUUGUUCAAAAAUGUACUAAACGAAGCAGUAUGGAUUAGCAACCUGUUCGCAGUAGCACUUACCAUCCUGGUAAAGAUCAUGAUGAAUGCAGUACUCGAGUGUGUGUGAAAGAGAGAGAGUAUGUGUGUGAGUCAGAGAGAGAGUGAGUGAGUGACGAAAAACAGCAUUUGUCGUGCUUCCUGGUGCUCAGACCCCACCUCUCUGUAUCAUAGUGCUUUUUGUUGUGUUGACAGAAACACACGGCUGGCUGUGUACAGCACCCAGAGCAAACAAUCUUCCAUAGCUGCGUACACAGGGGGUGUACCAUCAUGGAGUUCACACAAAAUACACAGUUAAGUAGUGGAUGUGUCAUGAUAGUGAAUCAACUUCAUAUGCACCUUUUUAUCACGAUCAUUACCUGAUUGCUUGAUCAUCAAUUACCUGUCUGAUGUAUCGUUUCCCCGUCAGUAAAUGUACUGCCAGUGGUUCAGAGAUGGUGUCUGAAGCAGUCGUGAUGAAGCCUUGACUGACAGUAUUUUUAAUCCAUUAAUGCUACCUAAUAUGAACAACUUCUAUUCAUUUCAAAAAGCAGGCAAAUGUGUAUUCAACUAUAUUGACUAUGAUCAAAUGUUCCUGUUCAAUGAUUUGACUUCAUAUCAGUUUAAUCAUCAGUAUGACCCUGAUGUUAGGCUGUGUUCCAAAAACUGUUCACAUCAGUGUCCCAGUUUACCUGCCUGGUCUAAACCGGAACCGAUUGAGUAUAUGUGUUGCUGCUGCUCACAGACUAUAGACUGAACCCCCCCCCCCCCCCCCCUCACCCUCACACAGAUGUACUUUUACCAGUAGAAAGGGAAAAUGUAUAUCUUUUAGAUGCAACUUCAGAGGACAGGUGCUGGUGGCGUACUUGUACUAAGGCUUUUUACUUUUAUUUGUUAUCACCUGUGAUUAUUUCUGUUUUUAUAUUUAUUUCAUUUACAAGUUGUUGUAUAGUUAAGUGUAACUAGACUUCUAUGGGACGUAAAUUAUUGUUUUGUAUACAAAUCUGUACAAAGCGUGUAGAUGUAAACACUUGAUAAAAAGGAAAUCUGACCUGUGUUGUUCUGGAUGUACUUCAGCGUAUUUGUUAAAAAAAGGUAAUAAAAGCAAAGUAUUUUA